AUGUCAACAAGGAAGAAGAUUUUCAAAGGGAGCAGUGAUUUAAUCAUUAUUAAUGAAGAUGGAACAAUAAAUGAUGAAGCCUUGAUAAACUCAAUUCCAACAACCAAUACAAUAACAAAACAAUCAAGUACUAGCACGAAGAGUUCCACUGAACCUUCAAUAACUAAUUAUCAUCAGGGUGAAAUGAUUGACUUCGAAACCUACUUGGAUAUCAAACCCUCCGAAGAAAGUAUUGAUCAUCAAGAAGAAGAAACUAUAAACAAACAACUAGAAGAAGAGAACGAUAGAAAGAUACAAGAACUAAUGAAAAAGAAAAAUAUAAAACUGUCACACAAUUACAAACCAUUUUUUGAGAAUAAAAAGGAAUAA